CCUCUCUUCUUCUUUUCCCUCCUCCUCCCCGGCCCCGCUCGCUUCCUUCCCCCGCGCAAAGCAGGAAAGGCGGCAGCGGGGAUGGAGCGGCUCCCAGCCGGGAUGCUUUAACUUCCCAGGACGCUUUAACUUCCCGGGACAUCCCGACCCCUCCUGCUGGCCGGUAAAGCCGAUACUCCCAAGCAUCUCUCUGCCAUGGCCUCAGGGAACGACGGGGACCCACCGAGGGCCCACGGACGCCGGGGAAGGAAUGGACGCAGGCUGUCACAGGAGCUCAAUGCAGAAGAUCAGGUGGCAGAAGAGACAGAGGAGGUGUUUCGGAGCUAUGCCUUUUACCGCUACCAACAGGAGAGAGAAGAGAGAGGGGACGAAGUGCCCAUGGACCCAGAGAUCGUGGAGAUCCAGCAGGAGCUGGGCAGCACCGGGAGCCAAGUGGGAAGGCGCCUGGCCAUCAUCGGGGAUGACAUUAACAAGCGAUAUGAUGCGGAGUUUCGCUGCAUGCUGAAAUCUUUGCAGCCUACCAAAGACAACGCCUAUGAGUACUUCACCAGAAUAGCCUCCAGCUUGUUCGACAGCGGUAUUAACUGGGGCCGGGUGAUUGCGCUGCUGGGCUUCGGCUACCACAUGGCCAUUCACGUCUACCAGCAAGGCAUACCAGGUUUUCUCCGCCGCAUCGCAAGCUUCGUCGCCGAGUUCAUGCUCCGGAACCGCAUCGCCCAGUGGAUCGCCCAGCAGGGAGGAUGGGUGGCUGCGCUCAAUCUGGAAAAUGUUUACUUGAAGUACAUGCUGGCGGUGGCCGUCCUGGUCAUGGUGGGACAUUUAGUGGUACGACGCUUCUUCAGACCCUGACUGACGUGGGGGGCAGAGGCUGGGAGGGUCCGGCCAAGCUCUCUCUCAAAUCUUUGCUCUGUGUUGACGUCUCCCAAGAGAGGGGGGAUUCAAGGAACCUCUGAGAGAGAGAGCAGCUUGGACCUGUGACCCUCCCACCACGGGGCGCAGGGUCUCUGCCAUCCAUGCAUACACCACCAGGAGCUAUGGAUAGAAGCAGUCAGGGGGAGGUUGAACUUUGUUGUCUGUUUUAUGCCUCGCUUAGCUGCUAAGGACAGAGCAUCGCUGCCACGCUCCCAGCACGCAGCAGUGAGGCAGAGCAGGCUCUUCUGGUGUCAAAGAGUCUGAAAGGAACAAAUGUGUUGUGAUAAUGGCAGCAUUUGUAUGUGUGCAAGCGCACGGGUCUCAUCCACUCCUUGGGGCAGGUGUAGAGCUCUUCGUUUGCUAAUGGCUCUAGCCCAGACCGUGCCUGCAUUUGAGGAGGGAUUGCAGCCCUGGUUGCUACAAUUGUCAUCUGUAAGUUGGUGGAGGGGUCAGCCAGCAUUAGCCAAGCCCAUACGGGGCUUGUUUUCACCUCCCUUCUGCUCCUGAACCCAAGUAUUUGAGCCUUCUCUUUCCUUUUAACAAGCAUCCCUGCCCCUUUCUAUAGAAACACGCUGCCUGCCUGCCCUCGGCUACCCCAGGGUGCCAUCUGGCAGUGCUGGCAGGCAGGUUUUCCCUGUCUCAGCCUGAGCUUGGAGACGUGCAGCUCUCGCCGUGGCUGAUGCUGGUGCUGGGAUGCAGCCUCACAGCCCUCAAAGCCCGUGUGCCGGCAGACUUAGGAAGCACCAGCAGGUUUCCAAACACUAAAAGAGCUGUGGGAUGACAAAUGGUCAGACUAAUUCGGUAGACUUGGCUGCUGGGAAAUGAGCAGCCCAAGUGACACCAGUUGGUCUCCUUUGCCCUCGAUGGGAGGCACUGGAGUUGCAUCCCAUCCCUACAUCAGGUCUCAGCCUUCUGCGCUCCGCUGGGCAGGAUGGUGCAGGCGUGACCCAGUUAAGCCCAGGGCUGUAGUUGUCUGAGCUGCCCGGAGCACACUCCCUCUUCUGGCACAGUAUCUUUGGGAAGUGACUUGACUCUGUUCCAUUCAUGACUAAUUCUCUAGUGUGAUUUUUUUAGGGGAGGGAAGCAGGCUCAGCUCUGCCAUCCCAAACCUUUCUGCAAAAUAGAGGGAGCGUCUCAGCAUGGACCAUGUGGUUUAUCUCCGUUCUUUUUACUCAAGAUAAGUCCGUAAGGCUUUAAACUGUGACCGGCCCUGUCUGAGCCAACUCACCCUGUUGCAGCAUCACCCGUCUCCUAGAGCAGGUCAGCCAGCUCGGCGAGGGAGCCAGAGGGGCCUCAGAGGUAGGAAAAAGAGCAGUGGUUUGGGCUCCUCUCCUAUGGCAGACAGAGCCCUUCUCUGGCUCAGCAGGAGUUGCAGUAUUGUAACCCUAAACAGAGCCCCAUUGCAACGUGGCUGCAGCAAGGGACUCGCCUGGUAUCGCUACCGCAAACGGGCUGGGUGACCCCAAAGUGCUCUGACAUCCCUGUGGCACGGGGAUCGCCAAACCAGGACAGCCCUGCCUGCUGUCACCACCUGCAGUGACCACCACGAGAGCCCAAGGAGGGCAGAGAGAUCGAGAGCAGCCCAUGCGGAACGAGAGCAUUCCUGACAUCUGUCUGAUCUGUUCUUGAAAGCCUCCAGUAUUGCCUCCCCAUAUCACUGCUUCCUAUUUUAAUCUUCAUGUUCAGGUUUUUUCCCCUCGAUGCCCGUCCCUUGCUGCGGUUUAAGCUUGUUGCUGCUCAUCCUGAACAUCCUUUCUCCUUGCAGCUGCAGAAGCAUAGCAGGACCAGCCAUCAUUUUAUAACACAGCUUCCCUCACGUUCCUGCUUCUUAUUAAUAUAAGAAUAGCAAACUUUUCAGCUUAUUUCCUUAUUUGGGUCUUUCUGUGCUUAUCAUUUUGACCCUGACUGUUCCUGCAGUGUCCCUUUUCCCUGGUGGGGUGCCCAGCUACGCUUACUAGAAAUGCAUUAAAAUAUUUGCUCUAAUAUUCCUCUCCUAUAUAUCUCAGUUUUGGUUGCUGUAUUGGUUUUACCUGUGCUGAGCAGCGCAGGUCUCCAGGGGAUUGUCCACGCUCAGGUUUUACAGCUGUGCUGGCUUCUCCUUGAGCAGCCCAACGCCCACCUAGAUCAUUCGUCCACCUAUUUCUUUGUGUUUAUCCACACACAAUUUACCACCGUGCCGCCUGUCCCCCUGUCUUGAGCAGAUCUUGAGAGCUGAAGGGUCUUCUCUGGUGUCAACCACUCUAACCAACUUAGUAUCAUCUACAGUUUGUCAUCCCCACCCCUUACCUUCUUUUCUGGGUGAAAACACCACCAGAUGGAGCCUUUUUGCCAUGAUGAAAAUGAACUGCUAAUUGUUAUUUUCUCAUCAUAGCCAUGUCACUGUCCUCUAGGUUGGUUGUCUGGUUUGGUUGGGUCUCCAGCAGGACUUUUUCUAGAGGACCUUGGAAAGAAAACAGUACAUCAACUUAUAUUCACUACUUCACCGACACACUCCAAGAACUCUAACAGUCUAGAACUUCUGCUUAUACAAAAGCUUGUAAUUUAUUCUCAUCUUCCAGAUAAGGUGUUUCACCUCGCAAACCUCAUUCAGGUGUAAGGCUAGGAGAUGUUAAGUAAAGAAUAACUUUUAGCUUUAUAGUAGAUGACCAAGCCUUAGUAAAAUCUGUGAUGCCAGGGCAGAGAAGGGAACUUCUAAAAUAGCUGCUGUAGCAAAGGAAAAAAAAUCCAUUUUAUCCAUUUACUCAGGGGAGGAUUGUCUCAGGAUUGCAGCAUGUUGUCUCCCUUUUCCGUGACCUCUCCUAGCCUUCCUGACACUGGUGACCAAGUGGGAAAAAGCUUCAUCUGGGACUGUGAAUGGGUCUGUAGUGCUGUGUCCUGUCACUGGAUGGCAACAGCACCGCAGGCACAGCCACCUGCGGGCUGAGCUCCGAGGGCAGAAUGGGGCUGAGCUCCCAGGAAAGGGGGGGGGGAAAAAAAACCCUUUCAGAUCUUCUUUCUCCAGGUGACCUCAGUGUCCAUCAGCUGUGGUUUGCACCCCCGGAGCUGAGGGUGUGCGCUGUGCUCUGACUCACAGCAAAGGGAAGGCGUCACUGGUUUGUACUGGGAGGGAGGGGGAGGAAUGCUUCAGGGGGGGCAGGAACAGGCUACAGCAGGGUGGAAUUGGCUGGGGUCACAGCAAACCAAGACGAGAAGGCUUGGCAGCUGGUGCUGUUUGUAGGGUCCGUCUCUUAAGAGAGCCGCAGCGGGUAUCUACCUCGAAGCCCCACUCGGCAGAGUUUGGGCAGGGGGGGGGCCUUGGACACGGUACCACAGGCACCUCAACCAUGUGCAGAAGAUUUUUGGGAGCUAGGGGUUUGUUUUUAAUUAAAAAAAAAAAAAAAAAGUACAUGUCUAUUGAAGCAAAAGCUGUAAAUAAAAGAAUGUUCUCAGAAGAACCCCAAACUUCCCUUGCAGGGCUGAAUCAGCCACUUUAUUCUGCAGAGAUAAAGCCUUGAUCAACUACAAUAUUUUAACCCUCAACCUGGUCACGUUGUGCCUUGUACGAAGCCCAUUUGAUGCACUGAAUGUCACCUCCUUAGUUACUGUGGUGCUACUGGGGCAGGAUUGGCCUCAAGGCUUUGGCUCCUUUCCCUGCCCAGCAAGAGGAACUGGGGUGGGAAGCCCUAAACGGGAAAAUAAAGGCAGAGGAGGAGGAGAAGGCUCUGCCACGCUGUUUACAAGAAGGGGGUUGCUCGUUGAAUCAUUUGGGUUGGAAGGAAAGUCUCACCCCAACUCAAUGCAAGGCUACACCUGAGCACUGCAGGGUUUGGUGGAGGGUUGCUGGGCAAGCACGCUGUUUUUCUGGCAAGGGAGAGCCAAGCUGGGGUUGUGUCCAAGGAAGAACUGUCUGUUUGUGAUGCCUACAGCUCAGCUGCACCCACUGGUACCAGCGCCUGCUUGGUCUGCUCACUCCUAGACUGUAGGGAGAGGAAUCUAAGAAAGGCUUGUGCGGUUUUCCUUUCUCCACCAAGCCCCAGGAGCAACAGAUGGGAUGGUUUUGGCAUCCCAGUGCUCGGGGAAGGCUGAAAUGCUCCCCAGAAGUAGCAAAGAGGUGUGCAGGCUGUCCAGGCAUGGUGCUGGUCCCGAGUGCUGCAGGAGCUGUAGGUGGAUGCAAGUCAAGGCAGCUGAGCUCAGCCCUUGAGUUCUGCACUCCGAGUCCUUGUGCUGCUCUGUGCUGGCUCCUUAUAUAUCAAGGGGUGCAGGAGAGAAAGGGGGGUGCAUUUUGGUGAGGAUUUCUUUGUGCCAGAGGCUACCCAAGGAAAGGAGUCAAGGGAGCACAGCACAGCCAGAAAACUCUUCGUUCGAGCAGAAGCGUGUGUGCUUGGGAGGGUGGGCAGAAGAAUUUCAUUCAGAAGGUUGUAAUGGGUGCAAAGAAAAAGAGGGAGAGUCUGAAGGAUGAGUUUCAUUUACUGAGCCCUACGUGUGAGUUUUUUUUACUCCCACCCUCUCCCAGCUCUUGCCUACUGGAUGGAGGAAUCUGCCUGAGCCAUUCGUUUCCUUGUCAGAACCACCUCUCUCUUGUAGCUGUCUCUUACGCUAUUAGCCAAACCCUGAGCCAUCCCUGCCAAACGCCGGGUGCUGCAGGGGCCAACGCUGCCCCACGGACACCAGUCUUGAUGGUGAGAUUGGUGGUAGCCUUCUGUGAAGCUCUGUGUGAUGGGUUUCACACAUAUACUUGAAACCACACCGUCACUUCAUUCUGGUUCUUCCUUACCUUUUUUCCACAGCGUCAAAGCAAAAGAAGCUCCUUUCCCACCUCCCUUUGCCCCUCCAGGAAGCCCCCAGCUGUCUCCUAGCACUGCAGGAAGGGCACGGGGCAUAUGAUGGAGCAGUAGAACAUGCUUUGUGUUGACUCAGGAGGGGUGGGACUGGUAAACACCUUUUCUUUCCAGGGGGAGGAGAAGACCACAGGUUGUCCCAGUAGCAGCGGGGAGGUGGGGAAUGAGCUCAGCCCUUUCCUGGUGCAGGUCGUCUGUAAACAGCAGGCAAAGGGGCUGUGUGGGACAUGGUGGGCUGCUUUUACCUGAAAGAAAAACAUUUCCUUCACAAAUAUCCUGUUUUAAAAUGAUGUAAUAUAUAUAUUUGAAAAUAAAAAUGGUAC